ACUUACAAAAUAUAAAAUGUUUUUUUUUUUUGCUUGUUGCUUUGGACUUUAAUUUAUAUUAUAUAUAUUUUUAGUCUAAAGUUGAAAGCUUUGUAUUCUUAUGCGUUUGAUAGUUCUGUGAAUUCUCAAGGGAACAACAAAGUCCUCUAUUUCACACCUUCAAUCUCAAACCCCAUGGAAACAACAACAACAACAACUAGAAGAAUCUAGGGUUUCACAACACCAACUCCAUCAAGGUCUGUACUUUGGAGUUCUUUUUUUGUUGUCACAGAAAAAUUGGGUCUUUUUAUUUGGUAUUUUCUAUGUAAUGUUGGAAGGUACUGUUAUUUGAUUCCAAAAAUUAAACCUUUAUUUUUUUCUCAUGAACUGAAAAAUUUGAAACUUUAACUAAAAAUCCUAUUUUUGCGGUUGUUGUCUGGUGAAAAAUGGGAUUUUUAUCAUCUGGGUCAUUUUAUCUGCCACAUAAGACUCAAUGUCUGAUAUAUUUGUGGAUAAAUGAGAUGCUUUCUUUGAGUUCUGGUGUGUGUUUGCCUUAAAAUUAGUUCUUCCCCUUUUGAUUUUAGGAACUUUGUUUUUAUUUUUAUUUUUUUUUUCUGAACUUUUUAUAGAUAGAUAGAGAGAGAGAUAGAGAUAGAGAGGCUAAAAUGGAAGAGAUUGAACAAGCUAACAGAACAGCUGUUGAAAGCUGUCAUAGAGUUCUUAGUAUGUUGUCUCAACCAAGAGAUCAAGUUCAUCAUAGGAAUUUAAUGUUGGAAACUGGUGAAGCUGUGAAUAGGUUCAAGAAAGUUGUGUCUUUGCUUCAUAAUGGUUUGGGUCAUGCAAGAGUUAGGAAGUUUAAAAAACAUCAACAAUUCCCUUUUUCUCAAACUCAAACUAUCUUCUUAGAUAACCCAAUUUGCAAAACCAACACCAAAAAUCUUCACUUCCCCCAAACUAACUACCCUCUUGAGAAUUCAUCAAAUCCGGAACUUGCCUUAACCAUAAGAAAUCCACUUUCUCUUGGAAACUCGUCGUUGGAAUUGAGUACUAAUGGGAAAAGUCCUCUUCACCUUGCUCAACAAGCUGCAUCGAAUCACUAUCACUUCAUUCAACAGCAACAACAACAAAGGUUGUUGUUGCAGCAACAGCAGCAGCAACAACAAAUGAAGCAUCAAGCAGAAAUGAUGUUCCGAAGGUCUACUAGCGGAAUAAACCUGAAUUUCGACAAUACUAGCUGCACACCGACAAUGUCAUCUACUAGGUCUUUCAUUUCUUCCUUGAGCAUAGAUGGAAGUGUGGCUAAUUUAGAUGGAAGUUCUUUCCAUUUAAUAGGAGCUCCGCACUCUUCGGAUCAGAAUUCGCAACAGCACAAGAGAAAGUGUUCUGCUAGAGGUGAUGAGGGAAGCUUGAAAUGUGGAAGCAGUUCUAAAUGCCAUUGUUCAAAGAAGAGGAAACAUAGAGUGAAGAGAUCAAUUAAGGUGCCUGCUAUCAGCAACAAACUUGCAGAUAUCCCUCCUGAUGAUUAUUCGUGGAGGAAGUACGGGCAGAAGCCAAUCAAGGGCUCUCCUCACCCUAGGGGAUAUUAUAAGUGUAGCAGCAUGAGAGGCUGCCCUGCUAGGAAGCAUGUUGAGAGGUGCUUGGAGGAGCCUACAAUGUUAAUUGUUACCUAUGAAGGCGAACACAACCAUCCCAAACUACAACACAACCUGCGAAUGCAUGAACUACAUGGAGAGAUUGACAAUAAUCUAGUCCAUCAUUCAAUUUGUCAAAACCUCUAUGUGAUUUGGCUUGAGAUGUUUUUGUACAUAUUUCAAGUGAUGCGAGCAGGCUGCAGAUUUUGGCUUUUGGAUAGCUUGGUUGAGGAGUCGGUUAUUUAGAGAGCGUGUGGAUGAAGAUGAUCGGUUAAGUGCAGGAGUAUGUAAAAUUGGGCAGUUUCAUUUCGUAAGAACUAUUUUAUUAUUUUUAAGCAUGUUACCAACAUUUUGGGGUUCUCCAAAUCAAUGGAAUUGUCAUUGGAAACUCUUUCAAGUUUGUUCUUUCAAUCUAGGUUCUAUCAAAUUGAUUAUUUUAGAGCACCUCAAUUGAGUCUCGUUAGUUUUGUAAGUACAUGUUUGAAUUGACCAAAAGUUUGAUGAAAUCAUUAUAAAACUACUUUUUGGAGCUUUACCAAAGUUA